AUGUGUGUGCACCACCAUAUCUUGUACACAUGCCACCACACCCGCGAUCUCGAAAUGUUCUACUGCGGUCGGGUGGAUGGUCCAUACGCAUAUGCGCACGCUAAUCCCGUCCGAUCUAACCUCUCGGCCCCGACCUCUACCGCCACCUCCAUCUUCCCACCCAAGGAUCCCCCUCUCCGUCAAAUCGAAAGCUUCGAUGGCUACUUCCCAAUGGAAAACCUAGUUAACCACUUCUGCAACACUGCGGUCGAGAUUAUCACCCAGCACGCACCGUACAAGUGCAAGCCCUGCCGCAACUACGACCGCGACCGGUGGCGCCGGCAGAAGUCCCCUAUUCCUCUCCCCGACCAAUCGCUGAGCACCGGAAGCUUUGGCUCAGAGGGAUCCGAUGGUGAUAUUGAUUCCGAUCAGGAGGUGGACGAGUUCGGAGCCAGGCGCAUCCGGACUCGGGAUGUGUAUCAGGCCGACGAGCAUGGCAGGGAUGAGCACAGCGAGGGCAGCGGCGGCGUGAGUAUUGCUGGGCUUGGUGGUGCUGCUCAGAGGGUGGAACUCGGGCCCCACGAGGGAUGGACCAACAGUAAUGAUAUCAAUACCAUGAUGGCGGGUCUCCAGAGAGACAUAGCGAGGUUUACUGUCCGCCGGGCUUGGGACCCAAACCGCUUGCAGGAAAUCAAAGAGCGCUGGGGUGGGUUUGGAGGGCUGAAGAUGACGAGUUCGCCUGUGUGGGGUGAUAUGAGGGAGCGGGAGCAAACGAGUUCGAACAGUGGUUCGAGGGGAUCGAGUUACAGGGGCGCGGAUAUGACGAUGGGCGGUGGUAGGGAAAUGGACGGCAGUACGGAGAGUGGUCCCGGCUUAGGACUCGAUUUCGACGGCCAACCAGAGAGUACGGGUGAGGUUGGCGAGUGUGCGAGUCUUGAAGAGAGUAGCGUCAGUGAGGCUGGUAAUGUAGGACUGGGAUUUGGGUUUGAAGGCUUCGGCAUGGAUGUCGGUGGAUCGACUGUGACGGAAUCAGACACCCUCGAAUCUUAUGGAUCUGGACGACAGAGAAGUGAUAGUGCUUCGAGCGAUGACACUGUGGUCGAAAAUAACGAAGGCAGCACUCUUGAUGAUCGAAGUGGAAGUGUUACGGAGCAGUUUUUAAAGGACACGGAGAUCUCCAAAGAGGGACCGAAGAUUGAGGUUACUUCUACACAUGUCAGUGUGGAUGAAGACGAGACGAGCGACGACUUGGAGGAAAGCGUUACAGCCGAAAUCAUAAUGAUUCCUGAAUAA